AGUCGAUAAGAAAAGAGACAAAAUUGAGAGGAAAAUACUGGACAGUCAGGAAAGAGCCUUCUGGGAUGUGCACAGACCAGUGCCAGGUUGUGUGAACACAACAGAAGUGGACAUAAAAAAGUCAUCCAGAAUGAAGAAUCCUCACAAGACGAGAAAGUCUGUGUACGGCCUUCAGAAUGACAUUCGCAGCCAUAGCCCCACCCACACACCAGCCCCUGAGGCCAAGCAGCCAACCGAGGAAGAGCUUCAGGAACAGAUCAAGUUUUGGCAAGCACAGUUAGACCGCCAUCGAUUGAAAAUGUCCAAAGUUGCAGAGAGUUUGCUGAGCUAUGCAGAGCAGUAUUCAGACUAUGACCCUUUCUUGUCCACUCCUGAUCCCUCCAACCCCUGGAUGUCAGAUGAUACAACACUUUGGGAAAUGGAGGCCAGUAAGGAGCCUGGUCAGACUCGAGUUAGACGCUGGGGUUUUGGGAUUGAUGAGGUGUUGAAAGAUCCGGUCGGGAGGGAGCAGUUUCUCAAGUUCCUAGAGUCUGAAUUCAGCUCAGAAAACCUCAGAUUCUGGUUGGCAGUGCAAGAGUUAAAGAGAAGGCCGAUCCGUGAGGUGCCAACGCGGGUGCAGGAGAUCUGGGAAGAGUUUUUGGCUGCUGGAGCCCCCAGUGCCAUUAAUGUGGACUCCAAGAGCUAUGACAAAACCACACAGAAUGUCAAAGACCCUGGGAGAUAUGCUUUUGAGGAUGCACAGGAACACAUCUAUAAGCUGAUGAAGAGUGACUCUUACAGCCGGUUUAUUCGAUCCUGUGCCUAUCAGGAGCUUUUGCAGGCCAAGAAAAAGAAAAGUAAGAACUUGUUUUGAAAGAAGGCAUUGCUUCCAGGGGAAAUCUCUGAUAUCCAAGAGGCCACCUGCUGUCGUCCAAUCUUGCUGAGCCUCAAACAAUCCACUGAGGAUGAGGACGCCGUCAUCUUCAUCUCUGUCGUCUGAUUGGUCCAGCUCCCAGAUUCCCUGGACAACGGACCAAAUCACAUGCAUGUCCAAGAGGCUGAGUUUUUAAAUCAGUUUCUACUUGCUACUUGCUAGUUUCAGUCUUUAAGACAGUUAGACUUGGACUUCUACUAUCUGGGAAAUGCAGCAACGUCUUUCAAAAGAGGAAAACGAUAUUCUCCUCUCCUCUUCUGUCUGUCAGGACUGUCUCCAAAUGUAGACUGAUCAAAUGAUGUCAAAACCAGAAAAUUUAAAGUCAUAAAAAAAAUCACAGUUAAAUAUAACAGCGUAGGCACAUUGUGUAAAAUCGAGAAGCUUUAGACAGAGAUGAUCUCUUCCUACUCACCUUUCAUCUCUUUUUUGCAUUGAUUUUAUUGCACUAUAAAGGAUCUAGCACACGUUUGCUUAUCGCACAUGUGAAGUCGCAUGGGAUAUAUCUGAAAGCGACUGGUCUUGCAAUCUGUCUCGUUGUUUCUUCUUCGUUGGCUCCCUCCGUUUAUUUUUUUAUACCAUGUGUAAACACUUUUACUUGAAAAUGUAUUAAAGUCGGUCCUUUAUCUGAAA